AUGGACGACGACGCCACGCUAGAAAUGUCGGCCGCGUACGACUUUCUAUUCAAGUUCAUCAUCAUCGGCGAGGCGGGCACGGGCAAGUCUUGUCUCCUCCACCACUUUAUCAACAACCAAUUCAAGGAACAGUCCGCCCACACCAUCGGCGUCGAGUUCUCCAGCCGGCUCGUCAAGCUGGGAAACAAGAGCGUCAAGCUGCAGCUGUGGGACACGGCAGGUCAGGAACGCUUCCGCUCCGUGACGCGCAGCUACUACCGCGGAGCAGCAGGCGCCAUCCUCGUCUACGACAUUACAAAACGAUCCACGUUUGAGCCGCUGCAGCGAUGGCUCUCGGAUGCCCGCGCGCUGGCGUCGUCGGACCUGGUGGUGGUGCUCGUCGGCAACAAGCUCGACCGGGAAGAGGAGCGCGAGGUGGGCUACCUCGAGGCCAGUCGGUGGGCCGGCGAAAAUGGCGUGCUGUUCCUCGAGACGUCUUCGCUGACGGGCGAGAAUGUCGAGGCGCCGUUUGCGCUGGCCGCGCGGUCGAUUCUGCUCAACAUUGAGUCGGGCCGGCUGGACCCGGAAAAGGCGGGGUCGGGCAUCUCGUACGGCGACCGCGCGCUGCGGAGGGUGGGGAGCGGAUCGCGCUUCAGCUUUGCCGACAUGGACACGGUGCGAUCGCGGAGGGGCAACGGCGUCGUCAAGCUCAAGGAGGUGGUCAACGACAAGCUGGGAGGCUGCUGCUGA